AUGUUUAGAUUUUUAUCGCAAAGGUUUUUUUCGUCCGCCUAUGGUAAUUUAAAAAGAGUGAAGCCGGAGUAUAUCGAUUUUGAAACUAAUUUUCCCAAGGUCAAAAUUAACAAGCCGGUGGUAUCGUUGCCUUUUACAAUGGAAAAAAAUCUGAAGCUUUUGAAAAGUGUAGAAACUCCUCAGAUUCUGUCCAACUGCCGAGUCGUAGAACAGCUGUCAAUAAGAAGAGUUAAAUUUUCCGGCAGGAAUAACACAGGAAGAAUCACGACUCGUCACAGAGGAGGCGGCCAUGUUCAAAGAAUACGACUAAUAGACUUUAAAAGGCAGAGGAAAGACAUAUACUCGACGGUUCUGAGAAUCGAGUACGAUCCCACCCGGAGUGCACACAUUGCACUGAUUCAGUACGACGACGGAGUUCUAAGUUACAUACUGUGUCCAGCGGGCGUUUAUCCCGGUACAAGGCUUCUUUCAAGCUCAUGUGCUCCACUGUUGCCAGGAAAUUGCCUUCCGCUGAGGCAAAUACCGGUUAAUACGAUUAUCCACAACGUCGAAAUUAGACCCGGGGCAGGAGGUCAAGUUGCCAGGUCAGGAGGAGUGUUUUGUACAAUAACAGAGAAGGAUGAAAAUUUUGCAACACUAAGGCUAUCUUCAAGUGAGAUUCGAAGGUUCCCACUCGAAUGCUGGGCAACAGUAGGACAACUGUCGAACAUUAAACACGAUGAAAGAGAUCUUAAGAAGGCAGGAACGAGAAGGUACCCCAAAUGGAAAAUAGUAGUAUUUAGGAACAUGGGAUGGAGGCCCACAGUGAGAGGAAUUGCAAUGAACCCAAAUAAGCAUCCGCACGGCGGCGGUAAUAAGAAAGGAACUAAGAGGCCAAGAUGUUCAAUUUGGGGAAUAUGCAAGGGCAUGAAAACAAGAACGAGAAAGAAGCCCCUCGGACUCAUAAUAAAAAGGAAAGUCUGCGGCCGCCUAAUGAAAAAGUUCGGAAUUGCAAAGAGAGUUUAA